UGUCUUUCACAGAAGAAACCCAAGAAGAUGUAGGUUCAGAUAUUAAUAGAGAAAGCAAAACUGAUCUAGUCAAAGUAAAUUUAUAGGAAUGUCUACCCAUCCUCUAAAAACUCUAUUAAUGAAGAGACGUUAUUUUUCUAGGUCUAAGGAGAGGGUAGAUUCCAGGUACAUGAAAGGAGAAGUCAGCUAAGCUAAUAGUUAAGAAUUUAAUAGAAUUUAACACCUUUGUGUAAAUAGUAACUCCACUGUUUUGUUUCAUUUUUGGUUUUGUUUUAGUGGGACAUAUUUGAAACUACUGUAGGAAAAUAUUUGAAAAGUUAUUAUUGGAUGGUAGGAGUAUGGGGUGGAGUUGGCCUUAGGGAAAUGAGAACAACAAUAAUAAAAAGGAUUUUUCAAAACACAUGCUUGGUUCACAUCAGUAUAGCUCCAGAAGACAGGACAGAACAAGAAGGAGCAGAAAAGCAAGAUGAAUGAGGUGAAGCUUGCUGUCUUGGGUGGUGAAGGAACAGGCAAAUCUGCCCUUACAGUAAGGUUUCUUACCAAGCGAUUCAUUGGAGAAUAUGCUUCUAAUUUUGAAUCUAUCUAUAAUAAAUAUUUGUGUUUGGAAGGGAAGCAAUUGAAUCUUGAAAUAUAUGACUCUUGUUCUCAGCUGCAGAAAGCAAAAUUUUCCCUCACAAGUGAGCUGCAUUGGGCAGAUGGGUUUGUUAUUGUGUAUGACAUCAGUGACAGGUCUUCGUUUGCUUAUGCAAAAGCACUGAUCUACAGAAUUCGGGAGCCACAAAAUAGUCAUUGUAAAAGAGCUAUGGAAUCAGCAGUGCUUUUGAUUGGUAACAAGCAAGAUCUCUGUCACGUGCGAGAGGUUGGCUGGGAAGAAGGCCAAAAACUGGCAUUGGAUAACCGAUGCCAAUUCUGUGAACUGUCUGCAGCAGAGCAGUGUCUGGAGGUGGAAAUGAUGUUUAACAGAAUUAUCAAGGCCAUCCUGACAAACUUCAGACUCAAAGAAAAGAGAAGACCCAGUGGAUCUAAAUCAAUGGCCAAACUCAUCAAUAAUGUAUUUGGAAAGAGACGGAAAUCUGUCUAGUACAUAUAUGAUCCUAGGGGAUUUAUUAUAUCAGAAAGUUUCAAAUAUUUGUAUGAUAAUUACAUUUACCCUUUGUACGCAAUUUGAAAAAUUCUCUUAGACAGAUAAAGUGAUUUACCAUGAAC